AUGUUACAAGUAAACAAAGCUAUUUUUGCGUCGUUGAGGAAGUUGUCUUUGUCUGUUGCUAAUUGUGGAGUUCAUCGAGAUAGUAAAGAAAACAGUCCUGAGACGCCUUUUAAAUUUACUCAGGAGAAUUUGAAGAAGAUUGAGUCGUUGCUUGCAACCUUUCCUGAAGGUCACAAGCAGGCUGCUCUACUUCCAGUUCUCGACUUGGCGCAACGCCAAAAUAGAUGGCUGCCAAUCUCAGCUAUGCAUGAAGUUGCUCGGAUUUUGGAAAUUCCAAGGAUGCGAGUUUACGAAGUGGCUACUUUCUACACAAUGUAUAACAGAGAACCUGUCGGUAAAUACUUUAUUCAACUUUGUGGGACAACUCCUUGUAUGCUUCGCGGGGCUGAGACAAUUAUGGAAGCUAUCUGCAAAAAACUUGAAAUAAAGCCUGGUGGUACAACUAAAGAUGGAUUAUUUACUGUUAAGGAAGUUGAAUGCCUUGGUGCUUGUGUAAAUGCUCCAAUGGUUCAGAUAAACGAUGAUUAUUAUGAGGAUUUAACUGUUGACGAUAUCAAUGAAAUUAUUGAUGAUCUUAAAAAUGGGAAGAGACCUUUGCCUGGCCCGAAAAGUGGAAGAUUGGCGUCUGAACCUAUAAAAUCAAAAACUUCGUUAACAGAACCUCCAAAGGGACCUGGUUUUGGUAUUCAAGAAGGAUUGUAG